GAGCCCCAACAGGUGAGAUGAGAAAGAGACAGCAGCCCCACAUCGACACUCCCCCCCCAGCUCCCGCCCACCUGAGGCCCAACACCUGCUGCUUGUGCUGGUGCGGAUGCUGCAAAUGCCCCUGGAAUGAAGACAGAGUGGAGCGCACUGAAGGACAGACUAAAAUGGACAGUAUUGAAGCUACUGAAGAACAACCCCCCACGCUAGACGAGGUUCUGUCCUGGUCGCGGAGUUUCGAGAAGAUGAUGCACUCCUUGGAGGGCCGUAAUAUUUUCAGUCAGUUCCUCCGCUCCGAGUACAGCGAGGAGAACCUGCUCUUCUGGCUGGCCUGCGAGGCGCUGAAGGCAGAGACCAACCGGCCUACCAUCGACCAAAAGGCCAGGAUCAUUUAUGAAGAUUACGUCUCCAUACUCUCCCCAAAAGAGGUCAGCCUGGACUCGCGUGUGCGAGAGAGCAUUCACCACAGCCUGGCGGAACCCAACAGGGACAUGUACGAGGAGGCCCAGCUGCAGAUCUACACCCUCAUGCACAGAGACUCCUACCCUCGCUUCCUCAACUCCUCCUUCUACAGGGAGCUCGUUGAGAGCAAGCAAAGCACCUGCCUGGACACCUAA